GGCGGAGCGUUUAAGCUUAAAGCCGCAACGUUUGUAAACCGGGACGGAAGAGGAAAAGAAACGCAGUCAACCGCAUGGCCAUGAAAUUGUUCGACGCACACUGUCAUCUCCAAGAUCCAAGAAUCCUCAGCACUGCUCCGAAACUCAUCUCUACUGCCCUUAAUUCCGGCGUUACUCAUUUUGUCGUUAAUGGCGUCUCCGAGAAAGACUGGCAUUUAGUGAAGGAGAUGAGCGUUGACUAUUCGUCUGUGCUUCCUUGCUUUGGUGUCCACCCCUGGUAUGUUGAAGAGAGAAGUCCUGCUUGGUUCAACACUCUCAAGGAGUUCUUGGAGACAACUCCCUCUGCUUCUGUUGGAGAGAUUGGAUUAGACAAAGGUUCUCGAGGAAAGCAGAUUGAUUUCACCAGUCAGGUUGAAGUAUUCCAGCAGCAGCUUCAACUUGCAAAAGAGCUGAAAAAACCUGCAUCUGUCCAUUGUGUCCGUGCAUUUGGUGAGCUUCUUCAGAUAAUGAAAGAUCUAGGGCCCUUCCCAGAAGGUGUCAUUCUUCAUUCUUACCUAGGUUCUGCAGAGAUGGUUCCUGAAUUCGCAAAGCUUGGUGCUUACUUUUCAUUCUCUGGAUUUCUCAAGCACAUGAAACAACAGAAGGCAAAAAUAAUGCUCAAGGCGAUACCUUCGGAGAGGAUUUUAUUAGAGUCAGAUGCCCCUGAUGCGCUGCCAAAUUCAGAGUUAGGUUCUCUAUUUUUGGUUGAUGGAGAUCCUUCUCUACCUCAAGAGCUUCAUACCCAAGGGGGGAAUUCAGCAUCAGAUGAUGGCUCUGCCCCUGAUGAUCAGACCCAUGGAGCAAGAGAUGCAUCAAAGUCACCAAAAGACAUGCUUAACCAUCCAGCCAACAUUCAUAUUGUGCUUGAUCAUGUGGCAUCUUUGCUGGAACUAACCAAGGAAGAAGUUGCAGAACUCAGUUAUAGAAAUGCUGUCCGCCUCUUUUCCUAUGAAGGUUCAAAAAUUUCCUCCAUGUGAUUCAGUUUCCUGUGUCUGUUUUCUCUUCUAAGUUUGGGAGCACUACCGUGCAAAAAUUACUUGUAUCUCACCUCAUCUGAUAUGGCUCUUCCACACUUCUAAUGUGUAUAUCAGUAGUGUUCAGACUUUGGAUCUUCACUCAAUAAGCAUUGCUGCUAUACUAUACGCACAAUAAGAAAAGGAAUAUUUCAGUCCUUAACAGGGAAAUUCCUAGCCAAUGCUACAAAUUUCUCCUUUUU